UCGUCGCACCAGAAGGUUGAGGAAGACAACUCUUGUCGAGGCCUUCAUCCAAGAUGCAGAUCUUCGUCAAGACCCUUACGGGCAAGACUAUCACCCUCGAGGUUGAGUCGUCCGACACUAUCGACAAUGUCAAGUCCAAGAUCCAGGACAAGGAGGGAAUCCCCCCGGACCAACAGCGUCUGAUCUUCGCCGGCAAGCAGCUCGAGGAUGGCCGCACCCUUUCGGACUACAACAUCCAGAAGGAGUCGACCCUGCACCUCGUGCUCCGCCUGCGUGGUGGUGGCAAGAAGCGCAAGAAGAAGGUCUACACCACUCCCAAGAAGAUCAAGCACAAGCGCAAGAAGACCAAGCUUGCCGUCCUCAAGUACUACAAGGUCGACGGUGAUGGCAAGAUCGAGCGUCUUCGUCGCGAGUGCCCCGCUCCCGAGUGCGGUGCCGGUGUCUUCAUGGCCGCCAUGCACAACCGCCAGUACUGCGGCAAGUGCCACCUCACCUACGUCUUCGACGAGUCCAAGUAAAUUUUCCAUACUUGGUAGAAGUUG